AUGCUGGCCAUGUGAGUAACACCUGUCUGUGCUGUUCUCCAUUUCUCGUCUUUGUUUACUUGUUAUUCUGAAGCGUUUGUGAUUAACGUGUCCUCUCAGCGUGACUCGCUCCCGUGUGGCAUCAGACUCGAACACCUGGACUCACGGUGAGCGAACCGUGCUGGAAUUUACCUGCUGAGUUCGACUCACAACAUGUUAAACUGUGUGAGACGAUUUUUUGUGACAGACAUUUGAGUCCUUAAUCUCCUCAAACUUGCCAUCACUUGUCGUUCUUGAGAAAACGUUUGAGAGUUGAAGGAAAAUAAACAGAAAUAAAAGAAAAUCUUCGACUUUUAAGAGUUUUAAUUAACAGUUUUUUAUAACGCGUGUGGUGACGGACAGUAAAAUGAGUCUGAAUGAGACAUAAGUGAGUUGUUUUAAUCAGAGGAAACACUUAAUGAUGGUUUAAGAUCGACACUGGAGAAAGCUGAGUGUGUGUGUAAAUGUUGGGGGUUCAGGAGGGGUGGGGGUUAGCUGUGAGGGGGAACUUAGUCCAAUAAUGAGAGCAUUAAGAAACUAUGGUGGGGGUAAGCCGAAUGUGUGUGUGUGUGUGAGUAGAAAAAGAGGGCGGUUGGGGGGCUAAUCCCUGAGGAAAAUGUGGAAGAAAUUAAUUUAAAUUACAAGGAUGAGGCGAGUCUGGAGUCUGGGUCUGGAAGGAGAAGAGAGAGGAAGAGGACACAAAACCAGCCAUUUUCUCCUCUCUUUUUCCCCUUUCUUCAGCUUUCUGCUCCUUUUUCUUCUUCUCCUCGUCCCCGCGUCCUGUGGGAAUGAAGUGGCCUGUCUUCUUCCUCUCUGGCUUGCCACCCAGACGCCCCUCCUUCGCUCACUCACGCAGAGGCCUCUUACCAAUUAGUCAGCAGAGGAGCGGCUGCCGGCGUGGACGGGGACUGUGGGGACCGAGUCAAUCCCUGCUCUCCUCCCUGAGCGCUGUCUUCUCACAGACAACAGAUGUCUGGGUUUCUCAGGGAACUCUUGUGGGCCCUGCUCUGAACAGAAACCGUCUCUGCAAACCUGCCACAUCCCAGAACACUGAGCUAACUAGAAGGGGAUUAGCUGUUAUUUAA